AGUAAACGUCACUUUCAUGGUGUAAACAUUGUGGCGGCUAAUUUUAUUAUCAGUGUUUUUCUGCAAAUUUCCCUAAUUUUCAUGGCUUUUUCGUGGAAAUAACUAAUAGAAUUGUACAAAGUGAUAACCCGGUCAUUAGAAAACUGUGCUAGAUUAAUGCAAUAUGAGUAAUUUACUGCCGAGGACAACUUUUCUGGCUUCUGAGGAAACCGCAGCUCUUUUCACCAACGAGAAAACAGCCAAUGACCGUUCUAAGGUCGUUGAGUGGCUCAAUGAGGCUUCUCUGGCGGAUAAAACCACCAAAUGUGAGCUUCUGAGCAAGGUGCAGGAGCUCACAGUGAAUUCCGAGGCGGAUUUUCUCGAGGAAUUCAUUGACAAUGUGCUGUCGUAUGCCCAGGAUCCUCUGGCGGACGUGAAGAGGGCUGUUGUGGGAUUCACUGAGGCUGUUUCGAAGAAUCAUCCUCAAUUUAUCCCCAAAAUUGUUCCAAUUCUCGUUCUUUUGCUACGGGAUCACUCACCCCAGGUGCAAAAGCGUGUCAUUCAGGCUUUUGCUGCAAUUUACCGGAGUGCCCUUCAGUGGAUCUGCACGGCUUCUGAGACCACGGACAGCAUGGAACAAGCCUGGAAUGUCAUCUGCAAUAUCAAAGCGCAGAUUGUCGAUAUGAUUGACAGUGACAACGAUGGGAUUCGCACGAAUGCUAUCAAGUUCCUCGAGGGUGUCAUCAUUCUGCAGACCUAUCCGGAUGAGGACAGCGUGAAGAGAGACAAUGAUUUCUCCCUGGAAGAUGUCCCAAUGACCCUGAAGAUUGCCAGGAAACGGAAGCUCGAGGAUGAAGCUAUAAACAUCUUUGAGCUCCUGCUGAAGUUCCAUGCAGCUUCUCAUAUUUCUUCUGUGAAUCUUAUCGCCUGCACUGGAUCCCUGUGCACGGUGGCCAAAAUGCGUCCGACUCUCAUGAAUCCCGUAAUUGAGGCAAUUGUCAAGCUCAAUUCCAAUCUCCCUCCAACUCUCACGGAUUCCCAAGUCAGUUCUGUGCGGAAGCACUUGAAGAUGCAGCUGAUAAAUAUUCUGAAGCAGCCGUCGUCGUAUGAGAUGCAAUCGACAAUUGUUCAGGUUUUGGGUGAUUUGGGCUGCAGCAAUCAGGAGAUUGCAAGAGCUCUGCCCAAAGUGGACAAGCAUGAGCAACAGAGGAGAGCCAAGAGAGCUCUGGAAUCCAGCCUGGCCAGUGCGGCCAAGAAGGCGCGGCAUGAGAAGGAGGAAGGGAAGCGAGCUGAAGGAGGAGCGUCUGAGCGUGCUAUGGAAGUGGAUGUGGAUGAAUUGGCCAAUCAGAAGGUGAAAUGCACGAAAUUGAAUGAGACAGGCAUUUUGGAGGCGAUAAAGUCUGCCGAAUUGGUGGUUCAGUUGGUCGUGGCCACGAUGCAGCAUCUUCCGGGUGAAUGUCCACAGUACUUCCUGGACACGUACACGCCAAUUUUGAGCAUGAGCCAGAGUCAGCAGAUGCAGAAGAUUGCAAUGGGAUUGGCUGAGCAGAUGACAGAGAAGAAAUGUGGUCCGGGAAUGAGUGCGAUCACGAAGGAGCCUCCAAUGCGUCCCAAGGUGACCUUGGAAGAGGAGAGGACGAUUGUGCAGGGUUUGAGGCAGAAGGAGAUGAUUGUGGAUCAACCAGCUCCGUCGGAAGUGGCUGAAGUAUCCCGUGGGGAGGAUGAUGUUCAGAUGCGCAAGGAUGAGGCAACUAAGAAGCUACGGGAACAUCUCGAGAGGACCAAAGGCGAGCAGAAUUUGCUGCCAAAGAUGAAGCAGAGAGUGAGGACACUGAAAUUGCAGGAAGUCACAAAGCCCCUGUCGAAGCAGAUCAAGGAACAAUUCCUCUUGGAGGCCGUCCGGAGGAUUCUCGAUGCCGAACGGGCAGCUCUGAUGGGCGGAGCUGCCAAUCGCCGAAGGAAGAUCCUCACGGUUCUCGCGUCAACUUUCUCUCCGAGUGUCCGGGACAUUAUCCUUUCGUUCAUCUACGAAGACAUCCGGGAGCAUCUGGAUCUGGCAUUUUCCUGGAUCUACGAAGAAUACAGCCUUCUCCAAGGAUUCACACGGCAUUCGUACAUUAAAUCCGAGCAUAAGCCAGACUAUGCCUACAACAAACUCCUGUGCGAUCUCAUCAAACACGUGGCCUACCACGCUGAGAUCCGGGACAAGAUUUGGAAGGUCGAUGUCAUCCGGGCAUUCUACUUGGAAUCCCCACUCCUCACGGAUGAAUGCAUUGACAUUCUGGUGAUGCUCUGUGAGAUGGAAUACUACACAGAUGCCGCCAUAACUCUGACCAGGGACCUAGCUGUUGAGCGUCCGCCAAAAAUGGACAAAUUCAUGAAGGUCCUCCUCAGAUUUGUCCUGCACGAGACUCCGGAGAUUCGAGGAAAGGCCAUAGAGGCUGUUAUCACUCUCUAUGCCGUCCACAAAAUGAUGGUGACACAAAUUGAAGAAUUCGCCCUGACAUGGCUGAGCCAUUUGGAAAAGGAAGCUCCUCCGGAUGUCAUCUUCCAUCUGCAGUACGGCCGACCUGAACCCAUUUCCACGUGGACGGAUGAUUUAGCCAGAAUCUGCCUCAAUCUCUUCCUAGCCCUCAUGCCCUACCACGAGAAACUCAUUCACAAUCUCUGCACCGUCUACACUGCCACGAGCAGUGACAUGAAACGCAUAAUCCUGCGUUCCAUUGAAGCUCCCAUCCGGCACAUUGGUCCGGACAGCUUUGAACUGCUCAAUCUCGUGGAAAACUGUCCCAAAGGGGCAGAAACUCUAAUAACCCGAAUCAUCUACAUUCUAACAGAGAAGAAUCCACCAACUCCGGAACUCGUGGCCCGUGUCAGGGAACUCUACCAGAACAAAGUUUCCGACGUGCGUCUCCUAAUCCCCGUAAUGUCCGGACUGACAAAGAAAGAAAUCCUAACCUCACUUCCACGCUUCAUCAAACUAAAUCCCGUCGUAGUCAAGGAAGUUUUCAACAGACUCCUCGGUCUUACAGCAGAUUUCCACAAUGCUCCACUCCCGGUCACCCCGACGGAACUCCUAGUGGCUCUGCAUACCAUUGAUCCGGCCAAAGUCGAACUCAAAUUCAUCGUCAAAGCCACGAGUCUUUGCCUGGCCGAGAAGGACACAUACACUCAUGAAAUCCUGGCAAUUGUCCUGCAGCAACUCGUGGAAAUGGUUCCUCUGCCAACUCUCCUCAUGCGCACAGUCAUCCAAUCCCUAACCCUCUAUCCCCGACUGGCAGGAUUCGUCACGAACAUCCUCCAGCGUCUCAUCCUGAAGCAAGUCUGGAAGCAGAAGGUCGUCUGGGAUGGUUUUCUAAAGUGCUGCCAGAGACUAAUGCCCCAGAGUCUUCCAGUACUCAUCCAGCUGCCUCCGCAUCAGCUUCAAGAUGCACUGACACAGUGUCCUGACCUCAGGACUCCUCUGCUUGACCACGUGAAGACCAUCACGGAAAUUGGAGCGGUUUCUCAGCAGGUUCUCGAUGUUCUGAUGGGAAAUCUCGAGAACAAACUUGCUGAAAGCGGGAAGGAAUCGUCCGCUAAGGACGCCCCUACAUCUUCGGAGCCCGACCAGCCUCUGCCUCCUGGAGAGGACUAACAUGUUCAUUUCCGAAAAUUAUGGCCAAUAAAUUAAAUAAAGAAAGAUUUUGUGACUAA